CUGCAGAGCGCUAAUGGUGUCGAGAAUCAAGCAGAAUACUUCGUACAUUUUGAUGGACAAGAUCGACGUCUCGACCAGUGGAUUACUCACGAGCAAUUCAUCGAGCUGGCUCCAAAACACAACAGUGGAGAACUAGGUGGUUCCGAGCUUCGGCUAACAAGAAAGCGACGAAGGGAAAAUGACGAAGAUCUCACAACGCUGGAAGAGGUUUGUGCACGAGCGGAUCAUCAUAGGAAGACUCCUCCCGAGAAGAAUAUUGAGAAAAUUAUAUUUGGUAGCUACGAAAUUCAAUGUUGGUAUUACUCGCCCUAUCGCUUGAAGAACAAAGCCGUUGAGCGACUCUUCAUUUGUGAAAACUGUCUUCUAUACACAGAAGACAGGCGACGUUAUGCGUGCCAUCUGGCUAAUGAUUGCAAGCGUAGUAAUCCACCAGGGGAAGCUAUCUAUGUGGAAGGUGAUAUCAGAGUUUAUGAAGUGUUUGGUGCUCUAGAAAAGUUCUAUUGCCAACGCCUUUGUCUAUUGGCCAAGCUUUUUAUUGAUCACAAAACGUUAUGCUUUGAUGUGGAGAACUUUAUUUUCUAUCUGUUAUGUGAGGUUGAUAGUGAAGGCACACAUAUAGCGGCGAUGUUCUCCAAGGAAAUGUACUCAGCAAAUAAUUUAGCAUGUAUUAUGACAUUGCCUUGUUACCAGAGGAAAGGAUAUGGCAAUUUCAUGAUACAACUGAGUUAUGAAAUGUCGAAAAGGGCAAAGUACCCAGGAACUCCCGAGCGCCCAUUUUCUGAUUUGGGCGAGAUAUCAUAUAAAAAGUACUGGCUCUGGGUUCUUCUAGAAUUUUUUGAUUCAGCAGCCAUGCGCAAGGUUGAAGAUGUCACUGUUGAUGAUCUUGAGGCUUUGGUUGGUAUCAACAAGGACGAUAUUAAAGACGUUAUGGAGCCUAUUGGUUUGCUUUCUCAUCUCAAAGGAGGAACGUAUAUCGUGCACAAUCCGAAGUUGGAUCAAGAAAGUGGUGUUGAACGACCAAACCCGCCAUUGAGGCGGUUGAAUCCCAAAUGCCUCGUGUGGAAUGCGAAAACAUUUGAUCGGCCCAAAAGGCUGAAAUAG